AUGGAUGAUCUAUGCAAAAACGCCAAAAUCGAUGUUGGGUUACAGGUCGCACAUAUUGUGGUAUCAGCUCCUAUCCAGUGCACUCGAACUCGUGCUUCAUGCGACGAUUGUCGAAGGCAAAUGAUCUGCAGCCCGUUGAACGCAAUGCUUCUCUCUUUGGCGCAAUGCUUUGUCUAUCGACACUAUCAAAUUCUCCCCGUUGAACACCGGUUUCGUUUCUCGAAACAAUUCUAUAUAAUAAUUGCUUCACUCCAUUAUUUAACACUGCCUACUGUAUCCUUUUUGUUGAUUCAAUCAGCGACGGAAGAAGUGGCCAUGUAUACGCCGAUUGUCAUUGAAAUGAUUCAAAAAGAAUACCCAGAGUUGGUCUAUCUUUUGGUUGACCGAGAUCUCAUCCACGUGAAUCUGAAAAAUCCAAUCGCUCCACCCAUCAUCAACUUUUCUGGAGAGAUUGGCUGUCCAAUGUACACGUUCCUCAUCGCAAUCGAGAUGUUAACCCUGACAUUGGUUCCAUUGAUUUCGAUUAGUUUACCGUGGAUUUUCAUCUCGAUUAUGAUGGCUUUCAAGAGUUCAUCACCGCCAGCCAUGAUGAACCUCGCUUUUCUUGUGAAUGGACUCCACGGUACAAUGUCCUCACUUUUGAUCCUAUAUUUUAUUGAACCUUAUCGAAUGUACCUCGUUACCUUUUUACCCACAUUUUUAAAGCCAAAGCCCAAAGCAUUGAUUGUGCCCGCGCUUUCAUCGACCACCGCUGUGACGCAAUGGAAUGGAUCAUUGCAAAACUCAAGUGCUGAAUCAACUAUUUUUGUCUUGAUGGCAAACCUUAAUCUCCAAAACCAGCUAUUAGACCAGCUCAUAACAAGAGGCUAUGAAAAGAAGACCCUUCGAAAAGCUUCUAUUCAUAUCAACGAUAUGGCAAAG